GGGGCUAGGGCUGCCCAUUGGCUGCCUCAGGCUCACACCCCGCCUGCCUCCAUAGCCUGUGGCUCCCUAGCCAGCCCCUGCCUCUCCAGCUGCUUCUAAACUCCCGAGCAAGCACCUCCUGCUGGGCCAUGUCGAGCUGCAACCAGAUUGGAGUGGCCCCUGCCAUGGACAUGCCUGAGGUCCUCAAGUCCCUGCUGGAACACUCUUUGCCUUGGCCAGAGAAGAGGACAGAUAAGGAAAAGGGGAAGGAAAAACUGGAGGAGGACGAGUCGGCCGCAGCCAGCACCAUGGCCGUCUCUGCCUCCCUCAUGCCACCCAUCUGGGACAAGACCAUCCCCUAUGAUGGCGAGUCUUUUCACCUGGAGUACAUGGACCUGGAUGAGUUCCUGCUGGAGAAUGGCAUCCCCGCCAGCCCCACCCACCUGGCCCAGAAUCUGCUGCUGCCUGUGGCAGAGCUGGAAGGGAAGGAGUCUGCCAGCUCUUCCACAGCCUCUCCACCGUCCUCCUCUACUGCAGUCUUUCAGCCCUCGGAAACCGUGUCCAGCACAGAAUCAUCCUUGGAAAAGGAGAGGGAGACUCCAAGUCCCAUUGACCCCAACUGUGUGGAGGUCGAUGUGAACUUCAACCCUGACCCUGCUGACCUGGUCCUCUCCAGUGUGCCAGGUGGGGAGCUUUUCAACCCUCGGAAGCAUAAGUUUGCAGAGGAAGACCUGAAACCCCAGCCCAUGAUCAAAAAGGCCAAGAAAGUCUUUGUUCCUGAUGAGCAGAAGGAUGAAAAGUACUGGACGAGACGCAAGAAGAACAAUGUGGCAGCGAAACGCUCCCGGGAUGCCAGGCGCCUGAAGGAGAACCAGAUCACCAUCCGGGCAGCCUUCCUGGAGAAGGAGAACACAGCCCUGCGGACGGAGGUGGCCGAGCUUCGCAAGGAGGUGGGCAAGUGCAAGACCAUCGUGUCCAAGUACGAGACCAAGUACGGGCCCUUGUAACCUGUGCCCCUUGCCCCGCAGGGCACUGCCUGCACUUCAGACCUCUGCCUGGGGCUUCCUGGACCCCACACUCGUGUGGAGACUUAGGACUCUUCAUGGGCACAUGGUGGCGUACCUGCUCUAGGAGCAUUCCCGUCUCAGCUUCAUUAUAACAUGGCCAGCACACGUGGUGACUUCCCCAGGGGACCAGGCUCCUCUCUGAUGGGGAACCUGAGCGAAUCUACGUAGACGGGUAAAUGGCCCAAGUUUGUCUUCUUGGUUGUCCCAGCUGAACCAGAAGGGACCUCUGGAGUCCAGAUCACUCUUUACAGAGUGCUCAGGCUUUCCUAGCCUUCCCUCAGUCUCCAGUCUGGACUGACAAGGGCUGUCUCCAGAAUGAGUCAUGAUUGUUGUCACCCUAAUGUUGUCUCAGGUAGCAGGUGCAUUUCCACUUGGGGUGAGUCUGUCAUGCACCUCACUCUCCCCCAAAAAUCUUUUGAGUGAAACAUUCAUUCCCAUCUGUCUCAGAGCCAGGACAUGCUAAUACUGUUACUGAUGGAGGGUGGUGGGCCAUGAGAGUGAGGUCUCUGCUUAGCCUGGAAUUGGGGUGCAGUUGGGGCUUUCAGCAGAAGUGCACCCUACUAUUCUUAGUUCCCACAUCCCUUUUAUCUUGUGACUGUUGGGUCUGAAACAGCCCUGGGAUCAGCCCCCUCCACAUCCCACUUGCUAUGGAAGAGACAUUCCCAGGAUCGCUGGUUUCUGGGCUCCAGUUACCAGCACCUAGGAAGGCCUUUGUAUUUCCAGGCCAGUUUGGAGGUUCCUGACUUCUGCUUGCCUGGCCUCUGGUUAUUUUCACCCAAUAACCAUUCUCAGAUCUUAGGUUUAAAAAGAAAACCCAUCACCUAGGAGUAGCCCAGGGUACCACUUGUGCAUGGUAUUUAGGAAACUGGUCUCCACAGUCUUCUGCUGUAGGCACCCGAGAGAGGGGCUGUCACUUGAGAGGCUCCAUUGGUUCCUUGCUCUGGCUCACUGAUAUGUCCCAGGCCAGAACCCAGUCUCCCUAAAGGUAGCAGAGGACCGUACACUUGGCAGAUCAGAACCACCCCCCAUGAGUGUCAGAAAGCAACCUCAUAGGAGUUGCUCUCGCCCAAGUCAUAGUACAGCUCUCAUAGGACAGCAGGCUCUGGAGACAUUUACACUGGCCUGGAGUCCCUCAGUCUUGGUCUCAGGAGUCAGGGGCUGCCCACACAGGUCUGGCCACGGGGUUGAGUGACUCUUACAGCUUUGGCUUCCUCUGCCUCACAGCUGUACCUUUCUCUUGUGUUUGGCUGAACUUGUCCUCUUGCUCUGCCCAGAGGCCUGGCCGAGGAGAUCAUGGAGCCCUCUGCCUGUGUGGGUCAGUUAGGGCGCCCUCCAGGAGGGUGUGUGUUUGCUCAGGGUGGGCAGCCUGUGUGAAGGAGACAGAGGUGACGAGGGUGCUUUAUCAUCCUUAACACUGGCUUUAUUUUAAAUGGUGGCUUAGUUUGGGGCCCCAAUCUUUCAAGACUUUUCAUAAUGAUGUUAAGACCAGGGCAAACCGCCUACUGGCCAUGGACUGCAGCCAGGAGAUGCCCUGCCCUCGUGGGACCUGCACACCACCUCUUGACAAGGGUCCCUGAGGCCAAGGGAGGUCUCCCUUCCGCUGGUCCCUGACCUUGACUUUAGGGUUCUGUAGGAGCCAUGUGCACACUUGUCGCUCUAUUGUAACCACAAGGGCAGCUGCACCCAGCAUGUCAGUGUCCUGCCCCGCUGCCUGCCUCCUGCCCUCCUGGCACUCUCUGGGCCAGCUGUUCACCCAGAGGCAAUUCUCAUUUCGUUAGUGGUGGACAAGCCUUGAGCUGAAAGGCCCUUUGUUCUCUUUGGCUAGAAAACGUAAGGUUUGUGUUUUUAAGUUUUAGUUUUUAAGGAAUGGAUACGUACCUCUGGAUGCCACCUGUGUUCUGACCCCAUGGGUUGGUUGGGGCCUAAUGUGUCUCCCUUGGUCCUCCCUUCUGCCUUGUGGUGCCCUCCUUUCCUUCUAGAAGUCGGGGUCUGGAUCCUCCUAAAGUAUGGCCGCUCGCUUCUUGGAGAAGCCUUUUGAAUGAGAAGUGGCAGGUGCAGGAAGGAGCAUGCCUGGAGGUUGACAUCUUGGAGCAAAAAAAAAGUGUUCAGCUCCUUUGUUGGCCUUAGGACCCAAGGCUGUGCAGAAAGAGUUGAUCUCUGCUGUCUGUCUUGCCAUGAAAGUCUCCUGAUUCCCUCCAGGAGCUGAUAGCUGAAGCCUGAGGCUCCUGCAUUCAGAUCUUUGACAUCUUCUAAAGAGUAGCAGGCUUGAGAAGCCAACUUCUGUUUGGCUCUCCAUGGGUUCCCUUGGAAUAAGAAGUGCUGCCACUUCCUGAAUGUUCUGUCUUCAGCUGUGGCAGCUUCACUGCAACCUCAGAAAAGACACAUGAAUGAGAUAGGAUGCUACAGGAAUGCACAUCCAAGAAAUGUCUAAAUAAAAGAACUGCACAUCUGGAGAGAGCCAGAGCCCUGUGGAGGACCUGCCCGGGUCACCUUAUCUUUGGCCCAAAGGCUGAGCUUGUGGGUCUGACUCCUGUGGUUGGGGACAGUACUAGGCAGUGAACCUGACCCCAGUCCACAAUCCCUGCUGAAAGGGUACUGUGGCCUGCUUUCCCCUCAGGCAGCUCCUCCAGCUGGGGACAGAUGUGAAGCUCUCCAGUGGCCCUGAGAAGUAUGUUCUCUGUAAGGAGGGGCCUUAGAGCUCCUGGUUUCCAGGGCUAAGCCCCAUCCAUAGCUUCUUUAACAUCUGUUAAGUGCAAUAAAUUUUUCUAGAAAAAGGCAAAGGUGAUUUCCAGGUAGAGAUUGCUGUCUUUUGGUAUUGGGAUGCCAGAACACCACUUGGUUUUAUUUUUCUAAGUGCAUGUGAUUGGUUGAGUGUGUGGGGCUCUGCAUCCUCCCUGGGAGCCGCAUUCCAGCGGCCCCUCUCCCUACCUUUGUUGGGGGAAAGAGGCCAGGAGAAAACCCCUUUGUCCCAGCUGCAGAGGUAAAAGCAGACAGCAGCCCAUUGGCCUUAUGUGUGUGUGUGCCUGUGCGAGUGUGUCACUGCUGGUGGGCCGGAGUGAUGUGGUAGGGAGGGAAGUUGGGAAUGUAUCCUUUUCAAACAAAAUUAAAUAUUUUGAGACGAGAA